AUGGAGUCAAAGGCCAGGGCCUUGAAUAACCCAAUAUUUGGAAACGUCACCAGCGAUCUAAAAAGCAAAGGAAAGGAUCCCAAGAAUCAUAAGCCACGAAAGGGCGAAAACUUUGGUAUUCAGGGAGAUCUACCCAACAAUAGUGUCUUCUAUGGUAAUAAGAAUUCUCCAGCGGGAGCUGAUCUGGCAAAGCCUACACCUAAAUGCCAUUUAUGCAACAGCGACCACUGGUUGACCCACUGUCAUGAGUUCAAGAAACAGUCUGUGGAUCAGAGACUAACCUUUGUGUGGCUUGUUUUCUGUCUGGUCACACUGUUCAAUCCUGCCCAAAGAGUGGUUACUGCAAGAUCCCCAAUUGUCAUACAAAGCACUUGACGUUCUUGUAUCCAAAGGUACCAAAUCGUUACAUUGGGAACCCUCCUUCAAAUGAGAACAGCAAAGGCGACAGAAGACCGGCUGAAGUCAACAAUGGCAAUGCGAAUAAUGGCUACGUAAACAGCGAUAGUUGUUGUGAUUUAACUGGGGCCGGCCUCUCAACAAUUGUUCUUCCCAUUGCUCCUGUAAGGGUUAAAGCCAGUGGUUCAGACGCCUCUGUGUAGACUUAUGCCUUCUUGGAUGGGGGAAUCAAACACUACGUUCUGCACCAUCAACUUAUGGAAAAGCUAGCUGUCAAUGGUAAGAAAACUUCACUCUUGUUGAUUACCUUGGAGAAGCAGAAUAGCAUGACUGAAUGCCAGGUCUUCAAGCUGGAAGUGUUCGACUUGGAGGAGCACAAUUUCGUUGAGCUCCCCACCGUCUUCUCAACCCCAAAACUACUGGUUAGUGAGGAAAGCAUCCCACAACAAGAGGAUGUCAACAUGUACCCUCACCUCAAAGGUAUCCAGCUUCCCAAGAUUGAUGCUGAUUAG